AUGGCGAUGCUCCGGCCAGCGUUAGCGUUACCCUUCCUCCUGCUCCUCCUCCCCACCGCGGCUGGUGGGCUGUCCGGCGGCCGGACGCUGGUCUUCAUCCUGGCCGGGCAGUCCAACAUGAGCGGCCGCGGCGGCGCCACCAACGGCACCUGGGACGGCAUUGUUCCGCCGGGGUGCGCGGCCUCGGAGCGCAUCCUCCGCCUCUCGCCCGCGCUCCGCUGGGAGGAGGCGCGCGAGCCGCUGCACGCCGGCAUCGACGUGGGCAACGUUGUCGGUGUCGGCCCUGGCAUGCCCUUCGCGCACGCCGUGCUCGCCAGCGAGGGCGCGGAGUCCGUCGUCGUCGGGCUCGUGCCGUGCGCGCAGGGCGGCACGCCCAUCGCCAACUGGUCCCGGGGAACGGAGCUGUACAAGCGGAUGGUGACGCGCGCCAGGGCGGCCGUGGCCGAGUGCAGCGGACGCGGUGAGCUCGCCGGCAUGCUUUGGUUCCAGGGGGAGGCUGACACCAUGAGGCGGCAGGAUGCUGAGCUCUACCGGCGGCGUAUGGAGACUCUCGUGCACGACGUUCGCGGCGACCUCGGCCGGCCCGACCUCCUCGUCAUCCAGGUCGGGAUUGCAACUGCGCAGUACAACGGAAAGUUCCUCGACCUCGUGAGGGAAGCUCAAAAGGCAGUCACGCUCCCAAAUGUCAAGUACGUUGAUGCCAUGGGGCUGCCCAUUGCGAGCGAUCACACGCAUCUUACCAUGGAGGCUCAAGUCCAGCUUGGCAACAAGCUAGCCAAGUCAUACUUAGAAACGCUGUAA